UAGCAAUAGUAAAAGGAAAUUAAUUGUGGCAAUGCGGCAAUAGUCGGUACUUACUGCAGUUAAGAGGUGGUCUUAUGGCGCAUUUAUUUAUAAUUACCAACACAGUUUGUUGAGUCACGUUUUAGUUCAUAUGCAAUAAAUCUCUAAAAGGUUUGUUAAUUAUUAUAGUGGGUUAGCUAUAAGCCAAAUAUGGCUUUUUUCGGUAUUUACUUAUUAUCUUUAUUGUUUAUUUUAUUGCACACAUGGAAACGCGAAACCGGAAAAGGCGCCGUCCGUCGGUCAAACUACACCAGCAUCCCAGCCAAAACCUACCUGGCACCAGCCAACAACCCCGUCAGCUGCCUUCCACCCAAAUGCCCGAUCAGCUGCCUCCCAACCAACAGCCUGUCCAGCUGCCUCCCAACCAACAGCCUGUCCAGCUGCCUCUCAACCCCAGCCAUCGACUCGGCCAAUGGUCUUCAAACCAACAGUCCGGCCAUCAACCCGGCCAGCUGCCUCUCAGUCAUCAACUGGGCGACCAGAUGCAGCCUGCAGCAAGCCAGCCAGAUCCGGCUGUUCAAUCGGUUUGCCGUGUAGACGCAGAGUACCAAACGUCGGAUACAGGUCGGUCACGACUCCACUUCCGAUGGGGCAGUUCGGACACCUCGGGUUCGUCGACAGUCGCUUGAAGUUAACAGUUCCUUGGCAAUCAGUGCCGGAUGGACGCUUUUUACCUGGCACAUUUUUUGGGGAAAAUAUAUAUGAUUUUGUUGGGAGUGCUGAUGGCCGUCACCUGGAGUCAGCACUCAUAUACAAUUAAUUU